GCAUGGAUCGAAUGUACGAAGCUAUCAGUUUAUUUCGAAGAAAAAAAUACGAUAAAUGCAUAGAAAAAUGUACGGAAAUUUUAGAUCUGCAUCCCUUGGAUCAAGCAGCCUGGUGUUUGAAAAUGCGAGCAAUGACUCAAAGAGUAUACGUUGACGAUAUUGAAACCGAAGAUGCUCUGGAAAGUGAUAUUUUCGACACGAAUAUUGUUGCAACGGCUCCCAGACCAGGGACGUCACUAAAAACUUCCAUACCCUCGACUUCUAACAACAUUCCUUUCAGUGCUCGACCAAGAACAGCUACUGGAAGACCCUUAACUGGCAUCAUUCGACCAGGGACGCAGAAAAGACCUGGCUCGACAUUAGAGGCUUUAAAAACGGCUCGACCUUUGACCAGUCAAUCUUCCCGUGCUAUUAGAAUAGGUACAGCAGCCAUGCUAUCCCAGAAAGAUGGACCUUUCAUCCAAGUCUCUAGGUUGAACAUCAGCAAAUACGCAAGUAAUACUUGCUUGUCAAAACCACUUUUCGAAUAUUUGUUUUACUGUGAGGGUGACGUUAGAAAUGCGAUGGAAUUGGCAGUGCAAGCAACUCAGUACUGUGAAUUCAAAGACUGGUGGUGGAAAGUCCAGCUGGCUAAAUGUUAUGUUAUCUUGAGUUUGCCAAGGGAAGCGGAAGAACAGUUGCGCAGUGCUCUGAAGCAACAACAUCAUGUGGAAACGUUCAUCAGACUGAGCAGAAUAUACACGAGAUUAGAUCAACCGCUAUCUGCAUUAGAAAUCUGCAACGCAGGCUUAGAAGUAUUUCCAAAUGAUGUAUCACUUCUGGUGGAAAUGGCCAGGUUGUAUGAAUCCUUAGAUAACAGCGCAAUGUCUAUCAAACUUUACCGAAGUGCUGUCAUAGAAGAUGCGAUGAACACAGAAUCUAUAGCUUGUAUUGGCAUGUAUCAUUUUUACAACAACCAGCCAGAAUUGGCUCUAAGAUAUUAUAGGAGAGUUUUGGCGAUGGGAGCACAUUCUGCUGAACUCUAUAAUAACCUUGGACUCUGUUGUCUCUUUUCUCAACAGCUGGACUUGACGCUGUCUUGUUUUCAAAGAGCACUUGAUCUAGCAACAGACCCUCUAAUCAAAGCUGAAGUCUGGUACAACUUAGCUCAUACAGCUUUAGCAGCUGGUGACCUAGAGCUGGCAAUUCUUUGUCUAAAUAUAUGUAUAACUGCAGAUCCUACCCAUGCGGCAGCUUUCAACAACUUGGCAGUUUUACAUCAGAAAAUGGGACGCAAAAGUUUGGCGAAGGCUUAUUUUCUAACAUCCAAAAAUUUAGAGGAUAAUAUGGAGGAGACCAAUAUGAACUUAGAAAUAAUAUUGAAAAAAUAAUUUAUGACUUGUAUUGAACCCAAAUAUGUUGUUAUAAACUGUUAUUUUUUUCUAUUAAAAUUUCACCA